CAUUGGCCAAUCACGUUAGUGCUUCGCCACAAUGUCAGCGUCCUGGUGUGGGCAACUGUCGAGCUGAGCACACAGAAGUGCAAACGCAACACGUUUGGGAGCCUUUAACCUGCAGAGAAUCUUUCCUAUUUUUCACGCAAUGCAUAGGAAAUCUACUGAAUAUAUACCUUUCUCAAUAUAAAUAUAAAUAAAUGAGGGGAGCGCCAAAAAUCGCGAUAGCUUGAAUCAAGUCUUUUCAGUUUUGUCAACUUUGAGCAGCAGUCCGUCCGAUCCGCUUCAGUCCGAGCGGACGCAGCAGCAGGAGCAAGAGGACAGAAGGGGACUGGAUGAAGCAGGAGACGGGCCACUGAGCUGCAGUGAGCCGGGUACCCGUUUCCCCAUUCCGCAACUAUAUCCCCUAAUGUCACCGGACAGGAUGAUGAUCAUUGGACUUUUGCUCAAUGUCUUCUCUCAGGGUAGUGUUACAGUAUCUGCGUCCUUAGACUGUAUGGUGGCGGAACAGGGCUGCAUCCGUGAGCCAUCCUGCAAAGGCAUUUAUCGACUGCUGGAAUACUGUGCAGCGGAGGAAGCCGUGUCGCCCCUCAGCUCAGAUGCCCGUCUGGAGUGCCUGGAGGCCCAGAACUCUCUGCAACAUUACCGCCCCCUUCAAGUCUGCAAGUGUCAGCGGGGCUCUCGCAGAGAGGACCACUGCCUGAAGGUUUACUGGACUGUGAGAUUUGCAGCAUAUGAUGAGUAUGAAGUGUCCCCAUAUGAAGAGCUGAAGCUAAAUCUGGUGAGAAACAUAGAGGUCUCACGCAUGGCCUCUAUUAUGGCAGCUUCUUCUGUUGUUGUGGACGGCCAGAACCAGUGUCUGAAGGCUGCUCAGGACUGUGGCCUGUAUGAGAAAUGUGGCUCGUUGCGGUCAGAGUAUGUGGUAGCUUGCACCAAGCGAGCAACAGCCACUGACAACAGCUGUAACCGCCAGAAAUGCCACAAAGCCCUACGGCGCUUCUUGGAGCGUGUUCCAGAGGAGUACAGCUUUGCUCUGCUCUUCUGUCCCUGCUCCGACACUCUGUGUGGGGAGCGCCGGAGGAAAACCAUUGUGCCAUCAUGCUCCUUUGAGGAGAAUGCAAGAGGGGAGGAAAGAGUCGGCAAACCCAACUGCCUCAGCCUCCAGAGCUACUGCUCUAGAGAUGAGCUGUGUAGAUCCCGGUUUGCAGAUUUUCAGCACAACUGUCUGCCCUCCUCUCUUUCUGCCUCUGGCUGUAUGCGAGAGAGCAGAGCCAUGUGCCUCAAGGCUUAUACUGGACUCAUAGGAACCAUCAUGACUCCAAACUAUGUGAGCAACAGCAGCACGGAGGUGUCCCAGUGGUGCACAUGUGAAGGCAGUGGGAAUGAACUGCAGGGCUGUCAACGCAUCCAACACUUGUUCAGCAACAACAUAUGUCUCCGCAAUGCUAUCAGCUCCAUGGGAAUCUCGGCGCCUCCUCCAGUGGAACACACUCCAGUGCCAGUUUCUCAGCCCUCCCCUCGCGUCUUCCAGGAGAGGGUCCAUGUUAGCGUCAACACGCUCCCUGAAUUCAACAGUAUGGAGGACAGUGACCAAGAGGAGGAGCAAGAAGAGAGAGCAAAUGAGGAGUUCAAUGUUAUCCCACCGUAUUCUGAGAAGGACUCUGACACUGAAUCAGGUGCCAGAGGGAGUCAGCGAGGAGAAGCUAGCCAAACAGAGCUCGCUCUGCCAUUACUGCUGCUGCCAGCUCUCUUCCUGAACUGGGAAUGUUGGAACGACUGAAGCCUCGACUUCUCUUUCAGCUUAGAGUUUGCAAUCGCUACCAGUGUCGAAUCCAUUGCAGCACUGACUGUACGCGGUUACGGAAAAGACAUAUAAAAGCCUCCAAAAAAGUUUGUCUUCUUUUCCUUCUAAGACUGUAAAACUUUUUUUUUAGUUUUGAGCCUUUUCAACAUUCAACAAGAUAUGACUCAUCUUUCCAUGUAUUUGUUUAAGUGUCCUUUCUUGAAAGGAAGGGAACAACAUGAGACAAAUGAGUGCAUGGGUGAAUUGCGAAGUGCUGUAUGGGCAAAAGAUAUAUCUAGAGCCUGCCUCUCUCUUAAAGUAAAACGCAAAUAUACACUAUUUCACCAAGAAGCAUAUCACCCAAGGCUACAUACACAGCACGCUCUCUGGAAAACCAUACUCAGUGUACUCAACUGCAACCAGGCUGGAGCACAGCUUUUUAUUUCUAUUUCAUAACUCAUGUUGCAUCCAUUUCUCUGCUUCCCCUUUGGCUCUUCCUCUCUCUCCUCAUCAUGCUGUGGUUAAGAAAGAUAAUCCACUUUAUAACAAGCUAAUAAAAAAGGAAACCACACUUAAACCACUUUGUAAAAAAAAAAGAGAAUCUCUUUUUAAAAUUGCUUCAUUUAAAAAAAACAAAAAACGAAGAUGAGCUUCGAAAUAGUGUGAUGUCACAUUUUGUACCCUUAUUUUCACUCCACGCACGAGAAGCAUGAAAAAAAGUUACUUCGCUCUUUUUUUUUUUGUUAACACACCGCUUAGUAAUACUCCUCAUGCACCGUGUGGCUCAAAACUCAACCGCGGGCAAAAGUAAUGAGAUCAAAUUCCAUUGCAGAAACGGUGUGGGUAGAAAAGCAACAUAAGCAAUUACUGCACAAUUCAAAUUGCUCGCAUGCAGGGGGGGGACGGGGGUGGUCUAGAGUAAGGCUCUUGGGAGAAAAAAGCCAAUUUGCUGCUGUCAUAGCCUCUCACUUUUUAUCCUUAGGAGAUCUGGUUUUAGUGCUCUUUCCCCAAUAUGUACUUUAGAUGUUUUGAAAGCAAAAUGAAGUGAUAGGGAUGGAGACAGGAGGCUGAAAAGCCUUCUGGCUGCUCUCAUCACUGGGCAGCACAUUUAGCCAUUCUCUCGACCUGAAAUAUCUUUUGCUGAUGUUAAUGUUUUUUCCUCUUAUGGCUCAUUUUCCUGUGAAAUGAUGUUGCUGUGGGGACAGCAGAGAGAUAAACUUGUCUAAUUUCAAGAUGGGUUUGCAAGUAACAACCAAACCAAGUUCUAUAAAGAUUUAGUUUUUUUAUGUUUGAAGUCACUAUAUGCCAUGGCUGACCUGAAAUUCAUCUGUGAGAUCUUACAAAUGAAGAAAAGACUGAAUGAACCCACGUUGUCUGGUCUUGUUUACUUGACAGUUUAUUAAAAUGAAGACUAAACUUUGGAUGCAAAUGGAGGAAGACAGAUGCACUGGAAGCCUACAAGCAGUGCUCCUCUGAAUCAACCUCUAUUUAACUUCAGACUUUCUAGAACUCACUGUUAAACUUUAAUUGGGGUUUGCAUGUUUAUAGAUAUUCCUUGACUGUUACUUGCUUUAGGGCAAAGUGACAUCAUGCAGUUAUUUGACCACAUCCUUGCUGAGAGAAGCUAAGAAGGGGAUGGAGAACGCUUCAGUUUGCAAAGCUCCUAUAUCAGAGGCAGGAGGUUAUAUAGGGUUAGGGUUCCCUACCCUUAUCAGUAAUCCCAUGCAUGGUUAACCUAUACACUGAGUCAAAGGAAACUGGACUUCUUUUAAGAUUCUUAAAAAUGUUUUAUAUCAAUUUCGGUUCACAUCUAAGGCAGUAUCUCACUUCAGACAUAAUUUUCUUGAACAACUACUAUGUUCUAAUCAUGACAUUUUGGGCCAGAUACCCAUCCAAGUAAAUUAGAAGUAGGAAUUUCCCACUACCGAGUCCUAAUCUGAUACUAUAUGAAAGUUUGACUCAUUGCAAUGUAUAAAAAGUCUAUAAAAUUUCACAAUACAUUAAAUCUGGAUUAUAUUGACUACUUUAGUAUUUUGAUUGUAGUCCACUUAACUCACUCAGCAGUAAGGAUUGUUUAGUAUUAGUUUUUCUUGACAACAGAUAUUUUGACCCAUCCGAGGUUUCAGCUCCAACACCAUUAAACUCGGUUUAGCUAUUAUGUUCGGACAUUAUGUCACCUAAAACACAUAGCUUUAUAAAAUGUUCAUAAACAUAUGACUCGACAUACAGUUACAUUCUUCAAUAAAGAUGUUUUGCUCCUUCCGAUGAUGCUUUAAUGUGUAGUUUGCACAGUUGCUAGGCUAACGUUAGCAUGUUCACUGUCUGUGUUGGUAGGACUUGCUAAUAUUUAGCUGGUGCCAAAUUUCUACAUAAAAUAUUUCAACAAAACUAACAGAAAUGUUCUCCUGCAUUACAAACGUUUCUUUAAACAUCAGAAAAUCUAAAGACUAGUUUGUCUGCUACACUCUACCCCACACUGGGGAUAUUGAAGGACAGAGACAUAACACUAACAUAGAGGACAAUAUCAAGAAAAUCCUUAACUGCGAUAUAAUUGCUGAAAAUAAUGAUAUCAAUUAUGAUUAACCCACAAGCAUUUAGCAUUUCAGCCAUUAAAUAUUAUAUCUGGUGUGGGCAUCAAGAGUAGUUACAGUCCAUCCAACUAACCAAGUACAUUUUCUAUUUGCAGAGAAUUAAUACCUUUUACUUGAAACCUACCAAAUAUUGGAUCCCCGCUGUCCUUUGAGAUAGCCCAAUUGCGCUCACUGAUAUUGCGACGAAAACUGUGAUUCAAUGUUUUACAGCUCCACUUCCUGUGCAUCUGAAAUUGUAGGAUGCACAAUCAGACAGGAAACCAGGACAUUGUGUAAAUCUCUCUGCCAUUAGUGUCACAACUUUAAAAUGCCUUAUAUACUGUACACACAUGUCACUGCAACUGCAACAUUAUUGAAAUAAAUGACACUAAGUACAGCAAUUGUCUAUUAAUGACACGAUUUAAUCUCAUGCUACUCACGGCAAACUCGUCAUCGGCACUGAUGAAGAUCCACUCACCCUAGCAUGCCGAAUCUUUUGAAGAGCUCCAACCGAGGGUAGCUCAUCCUAUUUUCCAAAUUAAGUCAGCUAUUAAUUAUUUGAGCGCAAUCAUAAUGCAUUGAACUGUAACUACGAGGUCAGUUGAUCCUUGAAUAAAUAAAUAACAAAAUAAAUAAAAUGAGAUGGUGACAUCAUAGCAAAAGUGCUGUGCCCUCUCGAUGCACAUAAACAACAUGAUUACUAGAUCCCUUAUCCCAAUACACACAUAAUAUGCAAAAGGGACAUACAUUUAUAGGAACACACAUGCUACAAAGGUGCAAUAGGACUUGAUGUUUCACAAAAUAAGACAACCUGCAUUGCAACACGGGUUAACAGUCUAGGUUAAAGGGUAAAAAGAUUUUAAAGAAAUGUUUUAGGAAAACACAGAUUCCUUACAUCAACCAAAUAAAAUGUACAGCCUAUAAUACAGUUUUGCAAGCCUUGCACAUGGAAAUAGACAGUCAUUCUUAAAAACCCUGUUUGCGCUCUGCAAUCUGGCUAACACAAGUAGUAGAUAACAUUACAGAAAGUGCUGCAACAAACGUUAUCGAGAGCUGAGCUAAUCAUUUUAAAAUGCGGUUCGGGACCCCCAUUUAAUAUUUGAGAUUAGAUAUCCCUUAAGAUAGAGUACAUUUUAUUAGCUUCUGCUUUUGGAUAACCUUUGAAAUUGCAACUGAGGAGUUGUCAUUUUGUGCUGAGAAACACAUUGACAAAACAUGGUUACAUGACAAACAGAAAGGUGCAGCUGGAAAUACAGUCUCUUUUAUUAUGAAUGUCAGUUUAAAGCAUGAAAAACACUGAUUUUGUUAUGGAAAAAAUCUGUAUGACCUACACUGUUUCGCAAGCCAUGCACACGAAAAUAGGCAGUUAAUAUAGGAACAGACAUUACACCACCAAAAAGAGAAAGGAGCUAAGUUUGGUCAGGAACUCCAAUAGUGAUCAUUUAAAAAUUAUCGAAAUCUGCAACUGGAGCAUAGAAAAAGAAGUCCAGCGGCUUUUGACUUAACCAAGAUGACUGUCACAACUGUAUCUGGUAUGUUUUGGCCUUAAUGACUGAUUAUGAGUUUACAUAAAUUCUGUCAGUAUAUUAGGUUUGUUUAUAUUAUCCCACAGAUGACUAGACCACAUGAGUUUUUAUGUAUAUUACAGUGUAAACAUUAAUGUCAAAACAUUGGUUCUAUUUGUUGAGGGGUUUCAAAGAAAAAAAAACUCAUUCAACAUUUAUAAAAUCUCUUUCAAGAACUAUGUAAAUACUUCCCAAAUUAGACAGUUUGUAGUUUGUAUCAUACCAGUGAUAAGACAAUGUACAGAACUGUAUCACGCUAACUUUAUUGUAAAAACAAAUCAUACAUAGCAGAUGUUUCUGUGUAUUUCCUGUAUCGUUGUGCCAUAGAAAAUGUGUGUCAAUUUGUUUAUAGAAUUAAAGUGUCAUUACAGUU